CUGGUUCCGAUUUCACAGAACCAGAACUAGGACCAGAUAGGGCUCAGUGUGACGUCAGGGCAAACUGAAGCCAUCAGAACUGGGUUUCUGGGUCUUCAGUGAGGUUCUGGUGACGGUUUAAUGAUGGAAACAUCCAAACCCAACAGGACUGGGUUACUACCAACCACCGAGGUUCUGGUCACUGAAUCAGUCCAUGUUGGAUCACCAGAUCACCUCCAGGAGAACUUCGCUCGUCUUCUCAGGACUACUGAUUGGACCGUCUGGGCUUCCUGUGUAGAUGUAGCUUCCAGAUGUGAUGGCGGCAGACAGAAGGUCCAGUAGAGACCAGCGGUGAUAGAAUCUGUAACCUGGAGAACCGAGCCUUUGGGUCUUAGAGUAGGAAACCAGUAAACAGGUACUGGAGCAGUGGAAGUCCUAGAAAACCGGACACAUUGAAGAUCUGGUCUCAGGGUAAUGCUGGAUGGUUGAAGGAACACUUUGAGGAUCUGUUUAAUCUAGUUCUAUGUGGAGGAGACGGAGCUAAAAUAGCUGGAAAAUCUAGCAGGCGGGACUGAGGUUGGACCCGAGGAGCUAAAGGUUCUGGACGUUGUUGGGUUGUUCAGUUGACGUGUCUUGAAUGGAGGACUGGACCUGGUCCUCUGGUGUGGCCGGUCUGGCUGGUGGUCUUUGGGGGCCAUGGAGGAUCCUCAGGAGGUGAUGAGGAAGGACUGGAUGUUCAAGCUGGUUGGGAAGGAGUCGUUCUCGCUGGGCGGCGCCGACACCAAGGCCACCAUCAACAUCGAGGCCGUCGGCGGCUUCGCCUACCAAUACUCGCUGACCGUCGGCGGGAAGAGCCUGCAGAAGUUCAUCGACCACAGAGCCAAGACCACCAAGACCUGGGUGGUCCGGGUGGACGGGACGGACUGCAGGGUCGUCCUGGAGAAGGACACCAUGGACGUUUGGUGCAACGGGCAGAAAGUGGAGACAACGGGAGAGUUUGUGGACGACGGCACAGAGACCCACUUCACCCUGGGUGAACACUCCUGCUGCAUCAAGGCCACCAGUGGAGGCAAGAAGAAGAACGGCAUCGACCACAGCCUGCUGCUGGACGGGCUCAAGGUUCCUGCUUCCUCCCAGUAGAGCCGGACCAGAACCAGUAGAGCCGGACCAGAGGUUCAGACAGACCCAGCAGGGGGCGCUGUUGAUGGCCUCGCAGAUGUGGGACUUCUUCUUCUUCUUGUUUUUUUUCUCUGACUAACAAAUAAAGCUGUAUCUCAUCUGCUGGGAUUUUAUUCUGAAA